AUGAAGGCGAAUUGCGAACUGGAGAUGACCUUUUACAAUGUGCUACUUAGCAUUGUUUUUCUUUUUCUUUUCACCCUCUCUCUGAUUGGGAACUCUCUCGUCAUAUUCACAAUUCUGUCAAAAACACAUAGGACACGCUCGAUCACCAACUUCUACUUGUUAAAUCUAGCAGUCGCGGAUUUGUUGAGAAGUGUAGUUUGUAUGCCUCUUACGUUGCUCAGCGAACUCACCAAAUGUUGGCUGUUAGGACCAAUGAUGUGUAAAGCUGUAGCAUACCUUCAACCAGUUGGUGUGUGCGCUUCUGCCUAUACGCUUGCGGUGAUAGCAGUCGAGCGAUAUCACGCAAUAUGUUGUCCGUUACAAUCCAGAAAAUGGAAGACGAAGGUUCUUCUCUUUAUUCCUCUUUGUGCUAUGGUAAGCCUCUACGGACAUGUGAUCUACGCCCUAUCAACAGCUAUAUGCACCGAUAAUCCAGCGAUGCAGCAGCCGCUGAUCCAAGCAGAAUUACCGAUUACAUCAUUCUCGGACUGGUUAUUCUCUUCGAUCAGCCGCGUUCCGAGCAUUAAUGGGCUCAGCGCUAUGGACAAAAUUCAGAAAGAGCAAUCUUUGUCAGCACCUGAUUCGAAAAAAGUUUCAAUAGCCCGACCUUCUUCACGUCUUAUGUCUAUUAAUACUUUGUUCGGAACGCCUAGACCCAGUUUCGAUACAUCGAUGUUACUUCGAAGUACAAAUCAGGAUAAAAUUCUAUCGGCAAAGAAGAAAGUGACUCGGAUGCUGUUGACGAUUGUUGUCGCCUUCGCUGUCUGCUGGUUACCCAGUCAUAUUUGGUGGCUGCUGGUCAGGGCGUCCGAUCUUGCGGGUGUUCACAUAUGGCACUCUGGUCUUAACAUGGCGCUCACGAUUCUCACAUAUAUUUCGUCGACAACGAAUCCGGUCACGUAUUGUUUUAUGAACAAAGGUUUCCGGGAAUCAGUGUUGUCCUACUGUACGAAAAAGAGGAGAUCGAGAAGUUGCUCAGCGCCAAAUUCACGAAGAUCUCCAACAAAGGAUGUGAUCAGGGAUACUGCUAACACUAUUCCAAUGAUUAAGAUAGACCGUGUCGAUUCCACUGUGUACAUGUAA